CUAAAAAGUAAUGGUAGUGAAGAUGAAUUAAUCCACUGUUCCAGCUAUUGAGAAAUGCUGAUGAACUGAACGAAAACCCCUUCGCGCCAUCUGACUGCUGAGAUGUCGAAGAGGCAAAUAAUGAAGAAAAUUCAAUAGACGUAGUUGAAGAUGAAGGCGACUAUCUCAAUAUUGAAGAUUUGUAAAAACCUUGUAAAAUGGAUCUAGCAUGUCAAAAACAAUUUUUUCAUAAACGCACUUCUUUUAUUAAUGCCCCUACUCUAAUCAACCUCUAAUCUAAUCCUCUAAACAUCUUAAAUUUUUUAUUAACGCCUAGGGCGUUGAAUAGAGAAAAUACGGUAACUGUAUUUUUCGUCUGCGUUACCAUAACCUGCAAAUUCGCCAUUAUGAAUGCAGCGUUUUCGUAACAGCGUGGCCAUGUGAUGAGAAAAGUUUUAUACAUAAUAAAAAUAACAAAGAAUGAAAGCAAUGAUGAAAACAACAUUCUCCCAAGAUAAGGUAUUAGAAGAAUUUUAUACUGGUGGCAAGGUUGAGAUAGAUGCAAGUGGGAAACAGUUGUAUUGCACUUGUGGUGAUGUGAUAACAAUUAUUGAUACUGAUACUGGUGAAAAGAUUGCCCAACUUAAAGAUGAUGGAGACGAUAUAACUUGUUUUUCUAUUUCCCCAAACAACGAAAUUCUUGUUACAGCAACAAAGUCUUUGUUAUUACAUCAGUAUGAUAUUGAAGAAAGAAAAUUACUUCGAAAAUGGAAGGCAGCACAUAAAACUUCAGUAUUAUGUAUGGUGUUUGACAGUACAUCAACAUUACUUGCUACAGGCUCUAGUGAUGCAACCAUCAAAAUUUAUGAUACAGCGAAACAUUAUUACACACAUAGUUUUAAAGGUUCACAAGGAGCUAUAAGUUUGCUGAAAUUUCACCCAAACCAAGAAAAAUUAGUUUUGUUUUCGUCAUCAACAGAAGGUAAAAUCCGAAUGUGGGAUUUAACAUCCAACAGGUGUGUCAGCAUCUUGGAAGGCCACUUUAGUACAGUUACAGCUUUAGUAUUUUCAGUUGAUACUUCUUGUAUGAUUAGUUGCGGAAGGGAUAAAGUUGUCAUUAUUUGGGAUUUAUCACAACGCAAGCAAGUUAAAACUAUUCCUGUGUUCGAGUGUAUUGAGGGCAUGGUAAUAGUUCCAAAAAAACACCACUUAGAAAAGGAAUAUUUCUUAACAGCAGGAGAAACAGGUUGCUUACGGACCUGGAGCUUACAUGAUGGUAGAUGUGUGUAUGCUGACCCCAAAUACAAGGAAAGAAGUAAAAACCUCGACAAAUCACACAGUUCAAAUAUAUUACAAUUAUUUUACAACGACAUAAUAAAAAGCGUAGUUGCUGUGACAUUUGAUCACAACAUAAUAUUCUAUGAUGUUUGUAAUUUGAAAAUCCAAAAACAAUUUAUUGGAUAUUAUGAUGAAGUGCUAGACAUUAAAUUUUUUGGUGAAAAUGAAGAUUGUGUUGCUUUAGCAACAAAUAGCGAACAAAUAAAAGUAAUACAUCGCGAACAAUUGACAUCAGAAGUAUUACGUGGUCAUACAGGAACUGUGUUAUCUAUUGAUGUCAGUUACGAUGGAAAGUACAUUGCUUCAUGCUCAAAGGAUAACACAAUUCGUGUUUGGUGCAAGAAUGAGGACAAUAAUGAAUUUUGUUGUGUUGCUACUGGAUUUGGUCAUACUCGUGAUGUUGGUAGCAUUGCUUGGCCAAAGUUAUCUACAGAUUAUAUUGUUACUGGAGCUCAAGAUUUAACUUUGAAAUGUUGGACUUUGCCUAAGAUAUUGGUUAGAUCAGAAAUUGUUAGUUUGUCUGUAAAAUGGACAGAAAAAGCACAUGACAAGGACAUCAAUGGUGUAGCAAUUUCACCAAAUAACAAAUUUGUAGUUUCCGUAUCACAAGAUAAAACAGGAAAGGUUUGGAAAAUCAAGUCUGGAAAACUUAUUGGGACUCUUUGUGGACAUAAACGUGGUAUAUGGUGUGCAAUGUUUUCUCCUGUUGAUCAGUGUAUUGUGACAGGUUCUUCAGAUUCCACAAUUAAACUCUGGGCUUUGUCAGAUUUCACAUGUGUCAAGACAUUUGAAGGGCAUACAAAUUCGGUAUUGAGAGUAAAUUUCUUGCAUAGGGGUAUGCAACUGGUAUCCAGUUCUUCAGAAGGAUUAAUCAAGAUAUGGGACAUUAGAGGUGAUGAAUGUGUUUUAACAUUGGAAGGUCAUGAUGAAAAGGCUUGGGCUUUAGCAGUUACCAAAUCUGAAGAUAUGAUUGUUUCCGGUGGUGCAGACUCUACUGUGAAGUUUUGGAAGGACAUAACAGAGCAAACUGUAAAAGAAGAAGAAGAAAAACAAACAACUCUUGUGUUAAGGGAACAAACUCUUCGUAAUUUGCUUCAAGAAAAGAAGUUUGAUAAGGCUAUUGGACUAGCUACAACAAUGAACCAGCCCUUCACGGUUCUAAAUAUUUUCAAAGAUAUGUUGUAUCAAACAAAUAAAGAAGUUUUGUUAGGAAAUGUAAUACGUAACUUGCAAGGUGAUCAAAUAGAAACAUUACUGACAUUUAUUUGUGAUUGGAAUACAAGCGCGAAACAUAGUUAUGCCUCACAAACAGUGUUAAUGCAUAUUCUGAAGUUGAAAACACCAAAUGAAUUGUUGGAACUGUCAAACAUGAAAGAAACUAUUGAAUCUAUGCUGCCAUACACAGAACGACACUGCAAACGUGUGAAUCAACUCUUGCAGCAAUCAAUGUUUGUGGAUUACACGUUGGAAUCAAUGAAGUUGUCUUCCAUCACUUAACCAGUCGAACUAAAUAUGAUUUAAUUUUCAUGUCCAGCAUACCAGUGGUACAACAAGGAUAAAUUCUUUGGAGUGCAUAUUUUUACAUGCAUUGUAUUUUUCUAUGCAGAAUUUUGAACAUAAAAAUUAUUACGAA